AUGACAGCGAUGGUGUGUAAGUCCAUCGUGCUAGACUGGUCUCUCGUGCUGGGCCGGCCUUCAACAACAGAAAUCGACGAGCCUCGGCAGGAAACAGACCAGGGGAUCAGCUCAUCGAUGAAGCCUUUAAGACCUACGGGUACCGCACGCAAAACUCAAGAGUGGAGGAUGAGCGAUACAGCAACAUUAUCUCCAUGGAAGGAGUCUGGAGCAGAACUACUCCGUAACAAAAUCCCCGAUGUGCUGGGCGGCAGUGGCAGAAAGUUGAAGUCGCCAUCACGUCCGACUCCACGCUUCCUCGGCACUAAUGCAGCACAAAGCACGUCAGCCGGGGGAUCAACCUCCAAUGCCAUCGAGGGUCAGGGAUAUUCUGAUCCGCAAACAACGGCCCCAGGACGGUCAAGGGACUCAGGAUCCAGGGUCUUGGGGGAGGAAGCACUGGAAGCACUUGGGUUUCCGUAA